AUGUGCACAGAGUUGCAAUUAAGCGCUGCAGAACAACGCAUUGACGACUUGAAAAUCUAUGCUGCGUCACUCCCGACGCACGGUGACUUGCAGUCGACGUUGGCGUAUACGGAUCGAAGCGCCCAGGAAGUACGGUCCACGUUGCUCGAAGCUUGCGGCAAGCUGCAGAACGAAUGUGAAAGCCGCGCCAGCCUGGAACGGCGUAUUAAAAAAUGUGAGGAGACCGUAAAGAAAAGAGAGGAUGCUUUGACCCGUGUCAUUCACAAUCAAAAUAGCAAGUUAGACAAUGCCAUACAGAAACAGUGGCAGGCUAUCAAGAACCUGGAAGAGCUUGUUCGCAGCGUGCAAAAUGAGAGCGGAGUGCAUCCCUCUUGCGGCGACAGGACAAACACUUUUUUAAUCUCCUGCUCCCCUGUCGUACUUAGACCAACGCUGACGUCACCAGCUCAGAAGCACGCAGCCCCCCCGGGUAAUCGACACUUGGAAUCAAAUCCUCCCGCAGUAGACGCUAGCCGAGAAGGCAGUUGCACUCCACCUUUACCUGUCUCGCCUGCGGGGUGCCCCAAACCUCGAACAGGUGAACACGAGGCAACUGAGGCAGGUUUGGGCUUCCUGUUGAGUAAGCGAAGGCCUGGAUGUAGAGCAUUUUCAGCGUCGUGUCCCAACCUCCGCAGCUUGCACCGAAGUAGAUGCGCCCGCUCAACUUCGCCCUGUAUCGUGUUCCACGGGACCGAUUUCUGUAAUUCACCGGGAGUCAGCCUCUGCUCACGCACUUGCUGUAGGAACGAUCCGCAGGCAAAUGGGAGAGAACAUUUCCUCUGUGGUCGAGAAGCCUUACCUCCCAUGCGAGAAACUCAUCACCACGCCGUAGUGUCUACAUGUAAAAUUCGGGAAGAACACGACGAAGCCCUUCAGAAUCUUCGGCAGCGGAUCCUGAAGACUCAACAGGACGAGCUUAUUACUCAGAACGAACCUGGCGUUGACGGAAAUUCGCUGGCACACCUGAAUCAGGUCAAGUCGAUACGGAAUGGAAAAGUAGAUUCCAGCACCCUUGACGUUGCACCGAAGCAGCUGGCAGCGAAUGAUGCCAGUUUGGGUGCGCAGCAUCCGGCGGCACGCGUAAAUUCUCAGCGCAGCGCAGCUGCUGAUCGAAAAAUUGUUGGCUAUCUGAAGCAGGUGACAAAGCAUCUGGUCCCGCUACACGAGUUCGAGAAACUUGAGGCGGAAUUCGGCACCUGCACCAGAAAGCUAAGGGAAGCGAUGGCAAGGCUGGAAGAGAAGCACCUGGUUCUCUCACGAACUCUUCAGUCGAAUGUUCGUGUCCAGCUGAGCAGCAUUUCAAAAGCUCUGCAAAAAGAGUGCCUGCGUGCACACGCCGUUCCCCUGAGGUCUCUGCAACAUCAGUGUCGCACGCUAGCGUGCGAUGUGGGGGAAUUAAAGUGUAUCAUUCAGCCAUUCCCACACAGGGAGCGUCGUUCUGAAGACCACAGCCCCUUGGCCAGCAAAUCCUCACGGGACGUCGUGGCUGCCACUCAACCUGAAACCUCUGGAGUCACUACUCGUCUUCUACGGAAGACCAGCGAUGGAGUCUCCACCUGUCUCUGGUCGGUUGACUCUCCUGCGCCCUUGAGCGAGGAGGAGCGACAUGAUGUUGAACCAGGUUCCGGAAGGAACAGGACGCGCCGUCCACCAGUCAAACAACAGAACGUUUCAUCAGCGGUGUCUCGUGACAAGCAAUACCCGACUUUCCGAGGUGGAAGGCAGCUAUUAACAAGGAAAAGCCUUAUCGCCCCACGGAUUGAAGAAACUCCUGUGACCUUCCCUUGCGUCGUGCAGCAGGUGGUUCGCCUGCAGGGGCGUCUGAAAAGAACGGAAGAUCGCAUGCAUGAGCUGCAAAGGGCCCACGAAUCGUGUGUGGCUGCUCUCGAAGAGCGCAGAUCCGAAACGGCGGAACUGCAAGUUGCUCUGGAAGCCACGGGGAACAAGUUCGCCCAAGAAUUGACAGCAUGCAGGACUGAUAUCAUGCAAGCUGCGUCUUCUGACCAAGCGCGCGCUCUUCGAGGCGUGCAACAGCUUUUAGCCGAGACAAUGGGGAAAUGCUUGAGAGCACACUGCCAGAACCAGAGUGAGAUGCUGAUAAAGCUGUACAGGUUUCAAAAGGUGGCCGAGGAACGAAGUGCACGCUAUGCCCAAGAACUCAAACACGUGGAGGAAGAGCUCGCACACCUGAAGACGCUCGGUGACAGAGUGGCAAAACAGUGCGAAGAAGCCAUAGCUAAGACAGAGAGAGUAUGUGACGAAACGUUGACGCAGCAGGAGGACCGGCAGAUGACGCAGAACCAGAUGCACCGCGACCAGCAGCAGCUUCAAAGGAGCCUUCGCCAGCUAGCAGAGGAAUGCAGAGGCGACAGUCAUCACCUGAAAGCUGAGCAGAUUCACACUCGGACAGAGUUACAAGCGGCUCUUGUCGACUUCCGAAUCCUACGAGAAGAACAGCACGACCAACGAGCCCAGCUAAAGCAGCUCCACGAGCGGUGUACGGCUGUUGCUCCAUUUGAAGGCACCGUCGCGAAACUCGCCCUCGAGGUGGAAAGGUUGAAGGCGGAAAGGCAAGAGCUACGUUUUGUGGAAACACGCAGAUUGCAGGAGCGGAUAGAGUACCUGGAGCUUUCAGUCGAAGAACUGUUGAAUUUGUCACUCCCAGCACAAAGCCGACGGUCAGCGGUAGAGGCGUUGAAGGCGUACUCCGCUUUUAUAUCUUCGCCAAAUAAGGGACCACUUCCUGAGCUGUUCAAGCGUGGGCAGGUUGCCAAGAGACAGAUUUGUAAACAGCCGGAGCAGCGGCAUAGUUUGGAACAGCUGCGUGCAGCCGAAGCUUCUCGACAGGUUCUGCCUGCCACAGGUCGAGGCCAAGCCACUGCUAAUGACGCCAUUUGCUCAAAAACAGGUGUUGGGCGAUGGAUCUGGCGGUCCGGUACGCGAUGUUCUGCGCCAGAGGGAGUGCGCAACAUGUGCCUUAAGGCGCUGGCGUUUUUGAAACUGAACAGGCAGGGCACGACUGAUGGGAACCGAUCGGCUGGCGACUCCGCUUCAACUUGUACCCCCCUAUCCGGCCGCUGCCACGAUUUGAUGGUUUGUGGAAAAGGGAGUCAUGUACAUGAGUCGGAAUCGUCUGGAGCAACGGCUCGAGCACCCGUGUGCGGCGCCAACAGCGAAGAAGAUGAAGCGAGGGUCAGCUUUGUUGUUUGGAAUGGAGAAGCCAUGAAUAACUGCUUGGAGAUGUUUCACUGGCAGCAGGGAACGCAAUUCGUGGACAUCCUUUCUCCUGGACUUUACGAAGUGGUCGUGGGAAUUUUUGGGCAUGUCACGAGUUCCCAUUGGAAGUGUGAUAGCGCAACAAGCGACGAGAGCCCCCGGACGAAGGAAACAUCAUUCGUACAGCGUGAGGCCUGCGCCGCGUCAGAAGCAAGCAUCGGCGGGAGACCCGCUGACCAGAUUCCACGUGCAUUCCAUGGAGAAUCCCAGAGGCGCUGCUCAGGCGUGUUCCUUGUGAUCAACGAGACGUGUGUUAUUAAGGCUUCGGCCUCCGUUGUGGAAAUAAAUAAUUUGUGCGCCCCACAAUUCAUUGCACCGAACAUGGUUAAGGGGGGGUCACAGGCUGCAAAGCUACCUCACGGGCGACAAGCUGACGAACCCAGACGUUCCGCCUGCCUCUCGCCAAAUAAAAAUGCAUUUCUGCGAGGGAAAACACGGCUUGAUAGCUGCGAUAUAUACAGCGACUGGAGCACUUCCGCUGCUACCCGUGAAGGCGAUAGCACCGCGGUCGGGACUUGCGACGAAAACAGCAGACCUCUCGAGGGUGUCUCGUCUUCAACUGGAAGAAAAUUAGUGGGGGGACCAACUGAACCUGUGCUGGUUCCGGACGUUCUCCACACAUUUCUCUUGCUGCCAGCAAAGGCCCGUGUUGCGGUGGCGAUUGCUGACGUCCCUGUCUGUGGUCACCCAUCUGACGAGACAAGGCAAAAUUUGGAAGGAUCAUUCUUCCGGGGCGAGGCGUCACGCCAAGGCUGCUCCAGUGCUGAUUCUCGUCUGCAUCCACUGGUGAACGGUGCAGGUUUCUUAACGCUUAGGAAACUAUAA